CCGCCCGGAGGAGGAACACCGAAGAGCGUGGACCGGAAGCGCGCGCCGCCGCAGCCGCGGCGUGUCUGCAGGCAGGGAGGGAGGGAACGGCCGAGCGAGCGGCGGAGGAGUGCGCGAACAUGGCGGCCUUCUCCGAGAUGGGUGUUAUGCCUGAGAUUGCACAAGCUGUGGAAGAGAUGGAUUGGCUUCUGCCAACUGAUAUCCAGGCCGAAUCUAUCCCAUUGAUCCUAGGAGGAGGUGAUGUACUUAUGGCAGCAGAAACAGGAAGUGGAAAAACUGGUGCCUUUAGUAUUCCAGUUAUCCAGAUUGUGUACGAGACCCUGAAAGACCAGCAGGAAGGAAAGAAAGGGAAAACUACUAUCAAAACUGGUGCUUCGGUGCUCAACAAAUGGCAGAUGAAUCCAUAUGACAGAGGGUCUGCUUUUGCAAUUGGGUCGGAUGGCCUGUGUUGUCAGAGCAGAGAAGUGAAAGAAUGGCAUGGGUGCAGAGCCACUAGAGGAUUGCUGAAAGGAAAACACUACUAUGAGGUAUCCUGUCAUGACCAAGGGCUGUGCAGAGUUGGGUGGUCUACCAUGCAGGCCUCCUUAGACCUAGGUACUGACAAGUUUGGAUUUGGCUUCGGUGGAACAGGAAAGAAAUCCCACAAUAAACAGUUCGAUAAUUACGGAGAGGAAUUCACUAUGCACGAUACCAUUGGCUGCUACUUAGAUAUUGAUAAAGGGCAUGUGAAGUUCUCUAAGAAUGGAAAAGACCUUGGUCUGGCAUUUGAAAUACCAGCACAUAUCAAAAACCAAGCCCUCUUCCCUGCCUGUGUUUUGAAGAAUGCUGAAUUGAAAUUUAACUUUGGUGAAGAAGAAUUUAAGUUUCCACCAAAAGACGGUUUUGUUGGUCUCUCCAAGGCCCCAGAUAGUUACAUUGUCAAGUCGCAGCACACAGGUAAUGCACAGGUGUCACAAACAAAAUUUCUCCCUAAUGCUCCAAAAGCUCUCAUUGUGGAGCCCUCACGGGAGUUAGCUGAACAAACCCUGAACAACGUCAAGCAGUUUAAGAAGUAUAUUGAUAACCCUAAGUUACGGGAGCUUCUCAUAAUUGGAGGUGUUGCAGCUCGGGAUCAGCUGUCUGUUUUGGAUAAUGGGGUUGAUAUUGUUGUCGGUACUCCAGGAAGAUUAGAUGAUUUGGUAUCAACUGGAAAGCUCAACUUGUCUCAAGUUAGAUUCUUGGUUCUGGAUGAAGCAGAUGGGCUUCUCUCUCAAGGUUAUUCUGACUUUAUCAACAGGAUGCAUGGUCAGAUUCCUCAGAUUACUUCUGAUGGGAAAAGACUUCAGGUGAUUGUUUGCUCUGCUACUUUGCACUCUUUCGAUGUAAAGAAACUCUCUGAGAAGAUAAUGCAUUUUCCCACGUGGGUCGAUUUGAAAGGGGAAGAUUCUGUUCCAGAUACUGUACACCACGUCGUUGUCCCUGUAAAUCCGAAAACUGACAAGCUCUGGGAACGGCUUGGAAAGAACCACAUUCGAACUGAUGAUGUACACGCAAAAGAUAACACAAGACCUGGUGCUAACAGUCCAGAGAUGUGGUCUGAAGCUAUUAAAAUACUUAAGGGGGAGUAUGCUGUCCGAGCAAUCAAGGAGCACAAGAUGGAUCAAGCAAUUAUCUUCUGUAGAACUAAAAUUGACUGUGAUAACUUGGAGCAGUACUUUAUGCAACAAGGAGGAGGACCUGAUAAAAAAGGACACCAGUUCUCAUGUGUGUGUCUUCACGGUGACAGAAAGCCUCAUGAGAGAAAACAAAACUUGGAAAGAUUUAAGAAAGGAGACGUAAGAUUCUUGAUUUGCACAGAUGUAGCUGCUAGAGGAAUUGAUAUCCACGGUGUUCCAUAUGUUAUAAAUGUCACCCUGCCUGAUGAGAAGCAGAACUACGUGCACCGGAUUGGCAGAGUGGGGCGAGCUGAAAGGAUGGGCCUGGCCAUUUCCCUGGUGGCAACAGAAAAAGAAAAGGUUUGGUAUCAUGUGUGCAGCAGCCGUGGGAAAGGAUGCUAUAACACGAGGCUCAAGGAAGAUGGCGGCUGUACCAUCUGGUACAAUGAAAUGCAGCUGCUUUCCGAGAUAGAAGAACACCUGAACUGCACCAUUUCCCAGGUUGAGCCAGAUAUAAAGGUUCCAGUGGAUGAGUUUGAUGGGAAAGUUACAUAUGGGCAAAAGAGGGCUGCUGGCGGUGGAAACUAUAAAGGCCAUGUGGAUAUCUUGGCACCUACCGUUCAGGAGUUGGCCGCCCUUGAAAAGGAAGCACAGACAUCUUUCCUGCACCUUGGCUACCUUCCCAACCAGCUGUUCAGAACCUUCUGAUUGCAUGCAGACGGAAUAGGAUGGCAGUAAUAGAGUCUAGAGUCUUACCUCUAACGUGGUGGUGCUGCUUCCAAGAGCAGUAUUUAUAGCAACCAGGCUAUAACCGCUAACUCUUGCAUGUCAGGAAACACAAACCUUAGGAAUUCUUCAUAAAACGAUAGCCUAAUGAAAAUAAAUUUGACAGUUACACUUUCA